CCGAGCUAGGCGGACGUCUGAUUUGCUACGAACCAUCAUCGUGAAGAAACUUAAUUUUAUAUAAUAUAAAAAUGUGUUUUGUUAUUCUAUUCAAUGGAAUGGAUAUUAUAAUGUGACCUCGUUUAUAAACUGUCUGUGAUGGAUUCUCGUGCGGAUAUAGUACUCUAUGUCUAGAUCCCAAUGAUGCGACGUAAUGUACAAUAACAUUACGGAGGAGAUAUCUGUGGAGCGUGCGCAAGCGCAUGUAGUUGUACUUCUGACUCUAUAUGUUCUUGUCUCUAUAUUCGGUAUUAUUGGUAAUGUAAGUUUAAUGGCUGCCCUGGCAUCUUCAGGAGCAUCUCGUCUUCGUACUCCACAGUUGUUGAGUGCCUGUGCAGCUGACCUUCUCGUGUGUGCUGCCAGUGCUCCGCUAGCUGCCACUAGAGCAGCCAGAUUACAUCAUUUACCAUGUCAUGUCUCCCACUAUAUUGAGUCGUUUCCUGUUGCUGCCAGUACUUUCUCCUUUGUAGCAAUAGCUGCGGAUCGUUGUUGUGCCGUGCGACGUGGACGUGGCUCCUUAUGCUCCAGACCGUACAUUGCGAUAACCUUUGUAUGGAUUGCAGCUUUGUUACUUGGUGCAAUGACAGUCCUAGCGACUUGUUUAUCGUGGCCACCAUUGGCAGCGGUACAUGCGGUUAUCACUUAUUGCAUUCCUGUGGUGGCAGUCACUAGAUGUCACUGGGCUGUUCGAGUUAAACUCACUGCUUUAUCACUUACUGCAAGAGCUGCUCAUGGAGAGUUACCAUUACCAGUUCCUCUAAUGCGUCGACCAACCCACGUCAUAAUAGUAGCUGGAGUUGGCCCUCGAGAACGCCGAGACGCCGUAGAUGUGGGAGAUAUUAGAGCCAAGAAACUUCAGCCAAGUCUUUUAGGGCCUCAACCGCAGACAUCGACAUUACGGUCACGAAGACGACUUGGCAACGUACUUCUUGCAAUUGCUGCAAUAUUUGCAGCUUGUUGGUGUCCCUAUGCAGCGAUAGUUAUCUUUAGCGCCUUUGGUUUUAAUACCCCAAUAGUGUUAGCUCAGUACGCGCUGCUGUGUGGCUAUGCGCAUUCAGCGUUAAACGCAGCGGCCUACUGGGUGUUGAACAGACAUGCAUUGACUGCUGCAUGCAAUGCAUGGCGCAUUCCGCAGCUCAGAGUUCGUGAGGAGAGACCUUCCUCAACAAACGAAGCAGCGCUGGGAGCGUUUCACCCACGCCUGGCUCGACCUGCACCAUCUCCUCGUCCCCCUCCUUCUAGCUUUCUAUAUUGAUGUCCAACUAUCUUCUAAGCUCUCUCGAUCUGUGAUUCCUGUCUCUCAGUGCCUCGUAUAGUUUACGCAAGAACGUUUCGUUUCGUUAUAACGUUGUUUAAGAUUUUAUUGAGAAUAAUAUCCGUCAAGCAAUAAAUUGUA